AAAGAAACUUCCUUUUUAACAUAUAAUUUGUAAUGUCUGACGCCCGCCGGCGUUACCGGAAUAAGAAGCGGGAUGAUCAUCGUCCGAUGCAGGGUGCAGGACAGACAGCACCGGUCACCAUUGCUCGACGGGAGGAUCCACGCUGCGUCCAGCCGAAAAUACUACUCAAGAAGGACAUCGUGUCGGAUCCUUGCAGCGGUAGCAGCAACCAAGAUCUGUCCUGCUUCCCCAAGACGCUCAUCGUUAAUCGCUGCAGCGAUGGGCGCUCCGAAAAAUGCAAACCCUCGGGCGGUAGUGCUGCUGCAUCUGGGUACCAUCCAGCCGGAUGCAUGCCGCCGUCAGUAGCCUCAGUACACUCCACAUCAGUUUGCGCAGCCCUUGCCAGUGGCCCGUCCAAUGACCGGGACAAGACCAGCUCGGGCUCCGGAUCGGGAGCAGCCCUCCUGCCAGCUCAAGAUCUUCAGCCGCCACGAAUGACGCGCACCACCCCUCUAAUAGUGUCAAACGGGGUGUUCAACGCCAAUGCCCGCAAGCUCUUCCACAAGACAAACACGGACUUCACUGUGAUAGGUGUCCUAGGUGGCCAGGGUGUGGGCAAGUCCACACUGCUCAAUCUGCUGGCUGCCGAGCGGCCCCUGGACUACGACUACUACCAGCACCUGUUCGGCCCAGAGGCAGACGAGUGCACAUUCCACACAAGGCUCAAGCACAAGCCCUCCUCCGGGCAGAACCAGAAGAGCAUCCUGCGCCCGCGCACUGAGGCGCUGCAGUUCUUCAUCACCAGGGAACGUUUCAUUCUGCUGGACACGCCGCCGCUGCUGGCUGCCAACGGGAAGGAGGCGGACUACCUGGAGCUGCACUCUCUGGCCCCCAUGUCGCAAAUGCUCACCAUCUGCCACAUCCUGCUGCUGGCCAUCGACGAAGUGAGUCUCGAGCAGCUGCAUUUGCUGCAUACCGCCCUGCGCCUGCGCCCGCGCACACCCUGCAAGGGCUACGUCCGCGACUACCUGCCCCAUGUGAUGUUCGUGCGCACACGCGCACAUCGCCAGCACUUUGAGCCCCGCCAGCGGGAGCGACUCGAUAAGCAGUUGGUCCAUCUGUUUGGCAGCACCGGAUUGCACAUCUAUCGGGGCCGCGGCGAGGCCCGAUGCCUGAACAGCUUCUUGCUGCCCGAGGUAUACGGCAACGGGGCAACGGCCCACCAUGCCUGCCUGGGCGAGCUGGUACGCCAGUUCCGCGAGCGGGUAUUCAGCACGACGCGCGUCUCCAUGUGCCAGAGCAACGACCUCAGCGAGGCCAUUUGGUUCGAGCUGCUGGCGGAAAGUGUGCGCCGGGCAACGCCGCACUUUGAGAAGAUCUAUGCGGAGAUCAAGCAUCGCCAUCUGGACCCACGCUGCCAGCGGCGUGCCGAGAACUGGCGCAACUUUGGCAAUGACGCCAAUUAGACAGAGAUAUCACCAUGUGAACAAAAGAUAUAUAGAAAUACAUUAAACCUUUAUUGGAA